AAAAAUGCCCAUUCCAAAAAUAGGUAACUGGAAUACAAAAAAAAUUAACAAAAUAAAAAGCUAAAAACAAAACAAGUUUAAAAAAAAUAUCAUUAUUGGAAAACUAAAUAUGCCAAUUCCAUGCAGUAGUGAUAGUGUUUAGCGUUGCGGCAACCCUAACAAUAAAAACCCAUCACACUCACUUUCAUCCAUACUGCAUCUACUCCGUCUGUCGGUGGAGAUCCGCCUUCGGCUUCAUUUCUCAACAACACUCUUUUCGUGUGUGGAUUAUAAGAAAGACUCCAUGCCGUAUUUAGUCUUAGAUGAUCGGGACCGUGUUAUUACUGUUCAUUCUGAUUCGGUUCCUGGAAAAGGGGCUUUGGUAGAUUACAUACUUGCUGCUAUUGGAAUUAAUGUGAAACAGGUUCUUGAAUAUGUCCCAAAUCGCCGUGCGGAUAAAGUUGAACAAGGAAAAUUGACUUUGACAAGUUCCCUUCUUGCUGCACCUGGAACAAACAUACAAGAGGUUGCUGGAGAUGUCCAAAUGAUAGAGGUUUUAAUAAACAAUCUUACACCGAGUAAAAGGCCGCGAGCAGAAGGAAAAUUGACUUUGACAAGUUCCUUUCUUGCUGCACCUGGAACAAACAUGCAAGAGGUUGCUGGAGAUGUCCAAAUGACAGAGGUUUUAAAAAACAAUCUUACACCGAGUAAAAGGCCGCGAGCAGAAGAUAGCUGAGCUGAUGAAGCUUAACAUUAUAUCACUAUUAAGUCCAUUGGAAACUUUAUCCGAGUGACGAGUCUUCACUAUGAAAUUCCAAAUGACAGAUACCUGAGCUGAUUUUGGAAACCUCUUGGUCCAUAGUACUCACCCUAUAAAGAGCUGAUGAAGAUUAACUUUAUAAUUUUCUUAAACUAUUACUGAUGUGAAGUUAUCGACUUGUUACUGUUGUUGUUCAACGACCAAUUUUCUUGAACUAAUACAUUAGCCCUUUAGCUCCUUUGUAUAUGUAAAACUACUUCAGUUGUUGAUAUUUUGUUUGAUUAAUUGUUUAAUUAACAAUUAAUGUA